AUGCCGAGACCCAAGGUUCGCCCAGAGGACAGACAACGAGCAGCAAAGGCCUGUCUCACCUGCAAGGCUUCCAAGAAGCGCUGCGAUGCUCAGCUUCCAUGCUCCAAUUGCGUCCGCCGGAACAAACAUUCACAAUGUAGCUAUGAAGACUCGGAUCUGAUGGAACCUCCCCCCAAACGGCAACAUCGCAUGUCCAUCUCCAACCAAUCCUCAGAAUCAGCCUCUAAUCGACCAUCUCAACCCCCUCAGUCGAUGAGAUCGGAUGGCGACAUCGCCACUCCGCGACUCCUUGAGAGUUCAACCAUGCCGCAGAGGCUGACCAGGGACAGAUUACUCCUCAGUUCAAAGGGCGAACAAGUAUACAUUGGGAAGACGGCCUCGCUGUCGUUCCUCCAAUUUUUACGCCAUACUAUCCGCCAACAGAUGGGACCGUCAGUCUUCACCGAAAACAAUCGGCGACAUCAUAUGCUAGAGGUCAAUAGCCCCGAAGACGGCUCUAGUCACUUUUCCGAGGACGAUCAACAUAAACGUACUCUUGUCGAGGCUUAUCAUGCAUCCACAAACGGGCUCCUGGAUCUUUACUCGCGCGAUGAAGUCGAUACGUACCUCAACACAAUUAGUACGCCAAAUGAUGUUCAAGGUUAUUCUGCCAUUGCUUUAGACCUGAUCGUCGCCAUUGGUGGGCAGUGUCGAGCUCAAUCUCCAACCGAUUCGCGGUAUGCCAUUCGAUAUUUCACUCGCGCUCAGAAAGCUGCACUAGCUGGAAUGCUCGAGGACCCCUGCCUGGACAUGGUUCGAUGCUUCCUCCUUAUGGCAUUCUACAUGCUUGGGGCUUGUCGAAGAAAUGCCGCUUUUAUGUACAUUGGUGUUGCUGCCAAAGCGGCCUCUGCUCUGGGCUUACAUGUCACCGAACAAUACCAUCAUUUCGCCCCGGCAACCCAAAGCGUCAGAUUACGGACGUUGAAGAGUCUCCGAAUUCUCGAUAUUGUUGUCAGCUCCAUUCUUGGAAGACCCGUUUCUACCCCAACCAUUCGCAUCGAUACAGCUGCUUUCCAUGGUCUUCAUGUUCACGCCGGCAAGCCGCGAGACAUGGCCCUCAACGCCAGUUUUGGAGCCUGUUCUCUUAUUGCCGAGAUCAUGCAAACACUUGAUGCAGAUAACACCAUGAGCUUGCGAUCGGCAGAACAGUAUCUCAAGCGCCUUCGAGAUUGGAGUUCAAGUCUUCCCAAAGAUGUCAAGCAAUUCUCGCGUGUCUUUGAUGCUCAUCUCACCGUGGCAGAUCAGGAAAGAGUGAUUGGGAAUAUUCACGUUGCAUGUAUCUACUACUUUGCAGUAAUGCUCAUCACUCGACCAUUCCUCAUCUCUCACCUGAUGGAGAACCUGCCCGGCGGGGUGGCGGAGACUCCAGGAACCGACUCUGCAGAAAAUAAGCCGGCUGACGUGGAGAACAUGGCUGAGGCAUGUGUCGACUCGGCAAUGUACAUGGCGCAGAUAUGCCAUGAAGCUCUGCAAUCCGGCCUGCUCAUGAAUGCCAUGUGCAUCGUCAAGGCAUGGAUGUUCGCGGCUGGUUUAGUCAUUGGAUUCUCCAUGUUUGCACAAGCUGAACCCAAGUUCGAGAUGGACGAGGCAUUCAACGGUGCGCGAGAAGUGCUCAAGAAGCUCUCGCCUCAUAGUCCACAGGCCGAACACUAUUAUGAAAUUCUCACCGGUUUCGCCGAUGCAAUUCAACGACACCGUCAACAUCUUGCUCGAGAGAAACGGCGGUCGCAGAACAAAUACGUCAACCAGAUCUUGACCUUCGAUGUUAGCCAAAAUCCAGUUGAUAUGCAAUCAGCCGACACAGUCCAGACCUCAAGAGGAGACUCGCCAACUGCAAAUGGAAAUUUGGCGUCAAUACUACCAGAAAAUUUGCGUGACCUGGACGAGACUGCCGAUUUCCAGCAAUCAUUUGUCUUUGAUCCAAAUCAACUACCUGUCGAUGGCGGUGGUGACUUUGACUUUGGCAUAUUUGGCUGGGACAAUUUCGCCAUGCAGGUUUCUGAGAACUUCAACUUUGACACAGAUCUAGUGUGGGAUGUACCAUGAUCUCAGACUUAUCGCUCUUGUAGCAAAACCUCGACCACAAUCUCCGCUAUGCGAUCACCCUUCUCCCAUAAUUCAUCAUGAUCACCAGAUGCUGGUAGUUCAGUGACUUGAACACCUGACGCUCUAGAGCUCUGCCAGCUCCGCAGGAAAUCCUCCAUUUGUCGAUACGGGACCAACGAGUCUUCCUUACUCUGGACCAGAAAUACCUGACCGUCAUUCCGUCCCCACUCUUCCACUCGGCCCUUCACCGAAGCAGGACUGGCGUCGUACCAGGUCUUCUCAUCACCACCGAAAGCUCCCCUGGUGAGCUCUUCAUAUAUCCACUUCCAGGCCGCAUGCUUCUCACCCGGAUCUCUGAUCAAAGCGGGGAGAUCAUAU